AUGGCGAAAACGCUCAAAGAUCUCCUCACCGAAACAAAGAAAGCAGAGGAAGCUCAGCCUCUCGCUCCGGUGCCGGCGGUAAUUGAGAACUCCGCAGACAAGGACGUCUCGCCGGAGAAGCUGAGCCUCGCUCCGGUAUCUGAAGAAUCGCCUGAGACAAAGACGGCGGAGAAAGAUUCCGACUAUUUGAAGAAUGAAGGUUCAAAUUCAAGUGUGAAUUCAACGGAUUCCUUACUGUUUGAAAGUUCGAAUUCAUGCGAGAAAGAAAGUUCGAAUUCAUGCGAGAAAGAAAGUUCGAAUUCAUGCGAGAAAGAAAAUUCAAAUUCAUGCGAGAAAGAAAGUUCAAUCACCUCUGAUUCAAUUCCGACGGAGAUGGCGAGCUCCGAGAAGUGUAUGGAAUCUUUGGAAAAUGUCAAUGCACCGAGACUGAACGAAAUGCGUGAGAAGCAGCCGGCGAAGAAGUCGGCGAAGUUCCAGUGCGACGACAACGUUUCGGAUAGUGUGAGCGUGGCGAAGCCAGGGGUGCUGAAGCCGUGUCCAAGUGUGGGAGCGAGCCUUGAGAACUUUGAACUUUGGAAGGUUGAAGGUUCGCCGAAGAUGCGAUCCAACGGUGGUGGUAGUACGGCAGAGGGCACAGCGAUGGUGGAGGAGGCAUGGGAGAGACUCAAGAAGUCCUACGUGUACUUCAAAGGCAAGCCGGUGGGCACUCUUGCAGCUAUGGAUCCAAUGGCCGAAGAUUUGAACUACAAUCAGGUGUUUGUGAGAGAUUUUGUACCUACUGGUUUGGCCUGCCUGAUGCAAAAAGACCCUGAACUAGAUAUUGUAAAGAAUUUCCUCCUAAAGACCCUCCACCUCCAAGGUUGGGAGAAGAGGAUUGAUAAUUUUACACUUGGAGAAGGUGUUAUGCCUGCAAGUUUUAAGAUUCUCUUUGAUCAAUAUCGUGGGAAGGAAACUUUAGUUGCAGAUUUUGGUGGCAGCGCAAUUGGAAGAGUUGCUCCUGUCGAUUCUGGGUUCUGGUGGAUCAUUUUACUGAGAUCAUACACCAAAUGCACUCGUGACCAUACACUGGCAGAGCUUCCUGAGGUGCAGAAGGGAAUGAAACUAAUUCUCAACCUAUGCUUGUCAGAUGGCUUUGACACAUUCCCGACACUUCUCUGUGCAGAUGGCUGUAGCAUGAUUGAUAGGAGGAUGGGGAUUUAUGGUUAUCCAAUUGAGAUUCAGUCACUUUUCUACUUCGCAUUGAGGUGUGCAAGGCAACUGUUGAAGCCAGAGCUUGGUGGUAAGGAACUUCUUAAGCGGAUAGAUAAGCGCAUCACAGCUCUAAGCUUUCACAUUCAGAAGUAUUACUGGCUUGAUUUUGCACAGCUAAACAACAUAUACCGCUACAAAACCGAGGAGUAUUCCCAUACUGCAGUCAACAAGUUUAAUGUGAUUCCAGAAUCCAUCCCUGACUGGGUUUUUGAUUUCAUGCCGUUGAGAGGAGGGUAUUUGAUUGGCAAUGUUAGCCCAGCUCGGAUGGACUUCAGGUGGUUUUUAGUUGGGAAUUGUAUUGCCAUCCUUAGUUCCCUAGCAACACCUGAGCAAGCUACAGCUAUUAUGGACUUGAUUGAGGAGCGGUGGGAGGACUUGAUCGGGGAGAUGCCUCUGAAAAUUGUAUACCCAGCAUUAGAGGGACAUGAGUGGAGGACUGUCACGGGGUUUGAUCCAAAGAACACAAGAUGGAGUUAUCACAAUGGUGGCUCUUGGCCAACACUGCUGUGGUUGCUUACUGCAGCAUGUAUCAAGACGGGGAGGCCUCAGACUGCUAAGAGAGCAAUUGAACAGGUGGAGCAGAGGCUCUCAAAGGACGGGUGGCCAGAAUACUAUGACGGCAAGGCAGGGAGAUAUAUCGGGAAGCAAGCGAGGAAGUACCAGACUUGGAGCAUCUCCGGAUAUCUGUUAGCUAAACUGAUGAUCGAGAACCCAGCCAAUCUUUCACUCAUCUCUCUUGAAGAGGACAAGAAGAUAGCCAAGCCAAGGCUCACCCGCUCCGCUUCCUUUUGAGUCAAACCAGUGGCAGCAGCAUACAUGAUGCAUUACAGGUUCUUUUGAUAGAUAUCGGUUUUGUUGAAUAAUUUCUAUACUUGGUGUACGUUAAGUGUUUCGAAGGCCAAUGGCACAAAGUUGUGAUGGCAGAUUAAGAGGGCGACAGAGUCUGCUGAAGGUUGUGUUAAAGACUUCAUCUUUGGAUAAAAAAGGCAACCUGAAAGAGAAAUUGAGAAGCUGGCCCUUAACAGUGCAAAGGAACAUCCUUAGUUAAAUAGGCAGUUAACAAUGUAUUGAGAAUGAUUCUACUGUUCUUGUUAGUUUUAUGUGGUGAUAUUUGGACCUUAUGUGGUGAUAUUUCAUGUCUUGUUUCAUUUCAUGUACUGCUGAGAUAAAACCAAAUUCAGUAUGGAUAUG